GUUGAUAUGGUAGAACAACGAAGGUGCUCGUCAUAGCCAAUUUAGGAGCGUUUCUUGUGCUGUCGUCGUCAUUCAUUCACUCCAUCUGGGGGCCGCGCAUCCUACACGCGGCGCACUUGGGACGCCAAGUGUAAUGAAUCCACAUUCCACCAAUCCACUCCAUCAAUUUUAUUCCCCACCCUCCUCUCCCUUUUUGUCCUUCAUUCACCCUAGCUCACCGUUGUUGUGCUCGUCUCCGCCGGCUACAUCGUCUCUCACAUCAAUCAACUCCACACGUUCGCACGAUGACGCAACUGCGUGUGGGCUAGACUGAGUGUCUGACUGCACUAGCAAAAUAACGCUCCUAAGUCUUAACGUCAGCACCUUCAUAAUGCUCACCAAUACUUGCGCCGACUUGUUAUUGUUCUCCUUCUCACAAUUUCUACUUUCAACGAAUUUCUUUUCGUUUUCGCGUAUUCUUGAAUUUCUAGUUUUGUCCCUAUUGUGUUGUAAUCUUGUCCUUGUGAUUUUCACCUUUUCCUUUACUGGUACCUUAAUACGAAAUGUUUAUAAUAACAAGAAUUAUAAAUGAAGAAGGUUAAAACACGACUCACACAGCUAUGGAUGGGAUUCGUCUUUCUCCAACACAUCGCAGGACUAUUGACCGAGUUUUGGUCUUUGUGGCUUUAUGGACAGCGAUUCGUGUGCCUUUCGCCGUGGCUUACCAGAGCCGCGUGCCGGGAAUGCUAUCCCUGUUCCCCAGCGGCUCGUUCACCGUCUUCAU